UUAACUAUAAAAGCCAAAAUUUUCAUUUUUUUUUCCUCUUUUCAGACUUUCACCCUCUUUCUAACUCUAUGCUCUAUUCCUUCUCCCUACAAAGAACAACUUCUUUUUUAGAUUUCAGUUAAUCCCAUAUGUACCGCCAUCAUUUGGCUUUUGCCGGUUGUCACCUGUCGGCACUGAUCAUUCCAAAAAUGCCUCCACGAGUUUGUCUCGAUUUUCUUAACUCGAAUACAAACCCUAAAUUCUUGAAACCUUCUUAAAUUAUAGGAAGCUAAGGAGCAGCAACAGGAAGAAAGAUCCAGAGAUCAGAAACUGACAAAAAAAAUAGAUUUGAGGGAGAGAUAUAAAGAAAAGCAUACGGCAACAAAAAAAGAGGGAUUACAGAAAGGCAUGAGAAUUAUCGAGUGAAAGUGCAAUGACCCAAUUUGGAACAGAGGUUGAAGUAGAAACACUUAGAUUUCUUGUUGAUGUCUUUCGUUGAGGUACAGAGAAAGAUCUUGCAGAUCACCCAAAAGUCGAAGUCCUUCAUGAUAUGUUGCUUGAAUACACAAAUGGUUUCAGGAAUUCUAGCUAGAAGCAUGUAGGUAAUUUUGGUUGUCCAGAAAAGAGACGGAUCCUGAAUACUUUUGCAGAUAUAUCCCCCUUAGUCGAAUAAAAACUUCUUUUACAACUGAAAGCUGUCCUGUCUUGAGUUGUUAUUUCCCUUCUAUGACUAUAAGUGAUGACAUUGAAAGAGUGGCUUCCAGUUCUCUCAUUCGGUGCAAAUUUGGAUCAAUGGAGGCUGCAGUAAAGGUGCGCACUCUUGAAAUAACAUUCAAGAAGUUUAGCUUCAGAGGCGUUGAUUUGGAUGCUCUCCUUGAUAUGUCCACCGAUGAGCUGGUUAAGCUGUUCUCUGCUCGUGCCCUCAAAAGGUUCCAGAGGGGUCUCAAGCGAAAGCCCAUGGCUUUGAUUAAGAAACUCUGCAAGGUGAAAAAGGAGGGCCCCAUCUGGCGAGAAGCCAGAACCUAUUUUUUGACAGUUUUGGGAUAUGCUAUUCAUCAUCCUUUGCUCUCCUUUUUUACCAUUUCGAUUUCCAAACAACACCCUCUAUUAUGGACCAUUGCUGGCAUUGCACCACUUUGUGUUUGGGUUUACUAG